AUGACGGGCACAAAGAGACUACAAGAGUCCAAAGGAUCAUACAGUGAAAUAGCAGAUGGAUAUUCGAUCAUGGUUAACAGUGUUACAGCAUCUCUCAGCAAGGAGGAGUGUAGGACCCUUCUGUACCUGUGUACAGAUUUGUUCACCAACGGCUGUGUGGAGGAUUUAAGAGGAGCUUUGCUGGCCUUUGCCAGACAGAAACAAAAUCAAACAGGCCAGUCUCAGGCAGGUGAUGCCCUUCUGAUGGAGCUCAUGCUCCGAAUGAAACGCUUUGACAUUCUAAAGAAAGUUCUCAGCAGCAACAGACAACAAGCUGAAGGAAUUGUACACACAGGAGGAGUCCUCUUGGAUUACAGGGUUCUAAUGGCAGAUGUGAUCGAAAACCUGGAGAAUGAUGAGUUACAAUCACUUAUCUUUCUCCUGAGCAAUACCCUGCCCAAAGAAAGACUGGAGAUGUUGAACCAGACAUUCGAAUGUCUGGGUUUCACGGUCAUCUUCCACUCUCUCCUGGGUCUGAAAGAAACCCAAAAGGUCCUGGAAGACCUGGCCCACCACAGGAACCUCCAGAGGGUCAGCAGCUUUGUCUGCUGCCUCAUUAGCAGGGGAUCGGACACUCACGUGCUGGCUACAGACUCCCACGGCUCUGGAAUGAGGCUGGAAGAUCUCAGACAGCUGUUCAGCCUGGUCCAGUGUCCCUCUCUAGGUGGUUAACCCAAACUGUUCUUCACCCAGGUCUACAGGACAGCAGGAGCCCAGCUAAGACCCUCGAUGGAUGAUGAAUAUCUUGAGACAGAUUGGCCAUCAUGCCACUAUGCUGGGAGUCAGGAUGAGGACAUGCGAACGGUCCCGGUGUCUGUGGAUGUACUUUGGAGUAUGUGCACAACUGAGGCAAAGCUGCUGGAAGGCUCUGGUCACCAGUCCGUUUACUUGCAGGCAUUAAACUCUGCCUUGCUAAGGGGAUUUGAGAGGAAGAUGCAUUUAUUGAAUGUUAUGACAGAGGUGAACAUAAUCGUGUUUAGUCACAAUCAGCAGAAUCCUGAGAAGACAUACCAGCUUCAGCGCUCUCAUACACUCCUUAAGAGCUUCAUACUGCCAUAG